GUUUAGUGUGGGAGUUGAAGCUUCCUGUUCGAGCGGUGCGCGUUCAUUCGUGAGAAAGCGCUUCAGACUUAAAAUCAAAACAACACCACCGGCGAAUUCGAGUUUAUUUUUAGAAACUCAUCGGCUGUAAUAUUGUUUGCGGAAUUUCAUUAGUUGUGUUCUUUUUGACUUUGUGAAAGCGGACCUUGCUGAUUGCGGAAUAUAAAAAUGAGCGUUGAGGCGUACGGGCCGAGCUCGCAGACUCUCACCUUCCUGGACACGGAGGAAGCGGAGCUGCUCGGAGCCGACACGCAGGGCUCGGAGUUCGAGUUCACCGACUUCACCCUGCCGAGCCAGACUCAAACCCAAGGCCAAACCCAGAGUCAGCUCGACAACCAGGUGAAUGGACCUGAUGGAGUUCUGCAGAACGGCGACGAUGCUGUGGGGAAAGCCAGCCAACUUCUGGCAGAGCUGAAUUUUGAAGAAGAUGAAGAGGACACUUAUUACACCAAGGAUCUCCCUGUGCACGCAUGCAGUUACUGUGGCAUACAUGAUCCUGCCUGUGUGGUGUAUUGCAACACCAGCAAAAAGUGGUUCUGCAAUGGACGUGGCAACACCUCUGGCAGCCAUAUUGUCAACCAUUUGGUGCGUGCAAAAUGUAAGGAGGUGACCCUGCAUAAAGAUGGCCCUUUGGGGGAGACCGUGUUGGAGUGUUACAACUGUGGAUGUCGCAACGUUUUCCUCCUGGGAUUCAUCCCGGCCAAGGCAGAUUCUGUUGUGGUGCUCCUGUGCAGGCAGCCAUGUGCCAGUCAGAGCAGUCUGAAGGACAUUAACUGGGACAGCUCUCAGUGGCAGCCUUUGAUUCAGGACCGGUGCUUUCUGUCCUGGCUUGUGAAGAUCCCGUCUGAGCAGGAGCAGCUUAGGGCCCGCCAGAUCACCGCUCAGCAGAUCAACAAACUUGAGGAGCUCUGGAAGGAGAACCCAACUGCAACACUUGAGGAUUUGGAGAAGCCUGGUGUGGAUGAAGAGCCUCAGCAUGUGCUGCUACGCUAUGAAGAUGCCUACCAGUAUCAGAACAUCUUUGGCCCGUUGGUUAAACUGGAGGCGGAUUAUGACAAGAAGCUUAAAGAGUCCCAGACCCAAGACAAUAUAACUGUCAGGUGGGACUUGGGCCUGAAUAAAAAGAGGAUUGCUUAUUUCACCCUUCCCAAGACGGACUCAGGUGACAUGCGGCUUAUGCAAGGGGAUGAAAUCUGCCUCCGUUAUAAGGGAGACUUGGCUCCUCUUUGGAAGGGGAUUGGACAUGUCAUCAAGGUCCCGGACAACUAUGGAGAUGAGAUUGCUAUAGAGCUGAGGAGCAGUGCUGGAGCUCCCGUAGAGGUGCCUCACAACUUCCAGGUCGAUUUUGUGUGGAAAUCCACUUCCUUUGACCGCAUGCAGAGUGCCCUAAAGACAUUUGCGGUAGAUGAGACCUCAGUGUCUGGUUACAUCUAUCACAAGUUGCUUGGCCAUGAGGUGGAGGAUGUGAUCAUUAAGUGCCAAUUACCCAAGCGCUUCACUGCCCAGGGCCUGCCUGACCUCAACCACUCACAGGUGUAUGCUGUGAAGACGGUGCUGCAGCGUCCCCUCAGUCUAAUCCAGGGACCUCCUGGUACUGGCAAAACUGUUACCUCAGCAACUAUUGUUUACCAUCUGGCUAGACAGGGCAACGGGCCGGUGCUGGUAUGUGCCCCGAGCAACAUUGCAGUAGAUCAGCUGACAGAGAAAAUUCACCAAACAGGACUGAAGGUGGUGCGUCUAUGUGCCAAGAGCCGAGAGGCCAUUGACUCUCCUGUGUCGUUCCUGGCUCUGCACAACCAGAUCCGCAACAUGGACAGCAUGCCUGAACUGCAAAAGUUGCAACAGCUGAAGGAUGAAACAGGAGAAUUGUCUUCUUCAGAUGAGAAGCGCUACAGGGCCUUGAAACGUACUGCAGAAAGGGAGCUACUCAUGAAUGCAGAUGUGAUCUGUUGUACUUGUGUGGGUGCGGGUGAUCCUCGUCUGGCUAAAAUGCAGUUCCGCUCCAUCCUGAUAGAUGAGAGCACCCAGGCUACUGAGCCGGAGUGCAUGGUACCUGUAGUGCUGGGAGCAAAGCAGCUGAUCCUGGUGGGUGAUCACUGCCAGCUAGGUCCAGUGGUCAUGUGUAAAAAGGCUGCCAAGGCGGGUCUGUCGCAGUCUCUCUUUGAGCGACUGGUAGUGCUGGGCAUCAGACCCAUCCGUCUGCAAGUGCAAUACCGUAUGCACCCUGCACUCAGCGCUUUCCCCUCAAAUAUCUUUUAUGAAGGAUCUCUACAGAAUGGAGUUACAGCUGCUGACCGGAUCAAGAAGGGAUUUGAUUUCCAGUGGCCUCAGCCAGAUAAGCCCAUGUUUUUCUAUGUGACACAGGGCCAGGAGGAGAUUGCUAGUUCGGGCACCUCCUACCUGAACAGGACUGAGGCUGCUAAUGUGGAGAAGAUCACUACUCGCUUAUUGAAGGCCGGAGCCAAACCUGACCAGAUUGGCAUCAUCACUCCAUAUGAGGGCCAGCGCUCCUACCUGGUGCAGUACAUGCAGUUCAGCGGUUCCCUUCAUACUAAGCUCUAUCAGGAGGUAGAGAUAGCCAGCGUUGAUGCCUUCCAGGGCCGUGAGAAGGACUUCAUUAUUCUGUCUUGUGUCAGGGCCAAUGAGCACCAAGGCAUCGGCUUUCUAAACGAUCCGCGCAGGCUGAAUGUAGCCCUCACCAGAGCCAGAUAUGGGGUGAUCAUUGUGGGGAAUCCUAAAGCUCUGUCUAAGCAGCCACUCUGGAACCAUUUGCUCAACUACUACAAGGAGCAGAAGGUUCUGGUGGAGGGGCCUCUCAACAACCUGAGAGAGAGCCUCAUGCAGUUCAGCAAACCUCGCAAGCUGGUCAAUACUAUUAAUCCUGGAGCUCGUUUCAUGAGCACUGCCAUGUAUGAUGCCAGGGAGGCUAUGAUCCCCGGCUCAGUGUAUGACCGCAGCAACACUGGCCGCCCAUCCAACAUGUAUUUUCAAACUCACGACCAGAUCGGUAUGAUUGGUGCUGGGCCAAACCCCAUGGCUUCCAUGAAUAUUCCCAUACCCUUUAACCUGGUCAUGCCCCCCAUGCCCCCACCGGGGUACCUGGGACAGAUGAAUGGCCCAGCGACUGGUCGCGGAGCACCAAAGGGUAAGACAGGUGGUCGCGGAGGGCGUCAGCGGAAUCGUGGCGUAGGUAACCAUGGCAGCGGACAGACCAACAUGGCAAAUAGUCAGGCCAGUCAGGAUCUGGUGUCUCAGCCCUUCUCCCAGGGCCCCCUGACACAGGGCUACAUUACCAUGAGCCAACCCUCACAGAUGAGCCAGCCAGGCUUGUCCCAGCCUGAACUUUCCCAGGACAGUUACCUGGGUGAUGAGUUCAAGUCGCAGAUGGAUGUGGCUCUGUCCCAGGAUUCCACUUACCAGGGUGAACGGGCAUACCAGCAUGGAGGAGUGACCGGACUCUCUCAGUACUAGAGUGUUGUUAGAACGGGAGCUAGGCCUACGCUGAGCUUAGUUCAUCAGCAUUUUAAAUCUGGGUAAAUAUAAAAAAAGAACAAACAUGGAUGCCCGUUUUCCACUGUUACAACCGAAGCACCAUGGUGUGAGAACAACAGGAGAGACUCAAACCAAUCACGUGUGAAAAAAGAGGGAGAAAAGCAGGAUAAGAAAAGAGGGAACGAAAGAGAGUGGAGGGAGGAAACCACCCCACCACGCGCUAAGGAUUGGAAGGAGGAGAGAGGAGCAGACGCAGCAUAGGAGGAGACGAUGUAGGAGGGAAACCAAACCGAGAUCUUCGAUCUGCAACUCCGCAUAGUCGAGGUGCCUCCUAGGGAGCAGGGCAGUCCCUUACCUGCCUCCUCUCUCGCCAGGCUGCAGCCGGCAGCCGCAGACCUCGCUCUGCCACCCGAGAUGGAGAGAAGACGAAGUUCUCUUAAAACUACCUGCACAAAAAACCGCCACGCUUGCUCUGUCGUCUCCACAAGCUGAAAGAUGAGGUGACGUCUUUAAAAAAAAAAAAAAAAAAGAAAACAAAAAAAAUCAAAUGCAUAUUUUUAAAAACGCUUUCAAGCAGCUGGUUUUGGGGAAAAUUUUCCCUUCAAAGUUGGAAUCUGACUCUCAGAUAUUACCACCAAACAUCUUUGCGAGGAUGGGGAAACAUCUACGGCAGAGGGUUGUGGUUUUACUGAAUUUUUUUUCUUUUAUUAUUCUUUUUCUUUUUUUUUUUUUUUGGUGGUGGUCCCAUCUUUACAAAUGGUUCUAGGAGUCGCUAAAGAAAGGUUCAACUUUGAGGAAAGUUUUCCGGUUGAAGGUUGCAGAGUAGUGGUUCAGAUAUUGAACGGCCGUGUGAGAUGUCGCCUGCUCUGGGUGUCUGACAGUGGAAAAGAAGGAGUCUUAGCAAAUGGCUUUGUGAUUUAUAAUUUUUUUUUUUAAACUAAACAGAAGGGGUGAGAGAUUAUCAUUUUUCUGCCUCGCCAUUUUAAACAAAUUGCCUCGAACCCGGAUCAACAAUUGCAGCAGAACCUAAAUUUAAAUAUUAUAGGGUCAUUACUGGUUUGUUGACGUCUCUGCGUGGAAAACACGAGGCCAUAGUUCCACAAGAGAAUGAGCUGAAAAUACAGCGGUCAAGCCUCUAAAGUUAACCUGCUGCAUACCGUGCGCUGACAGGACUGCAGGGGAUUGAACUCAGCAAGGCAAGUUUGAGAAGAGUUUAGAGAAUUAUCUCAACCUGUAGGAAGACUAAAGUGCUGCACGUACAGCAGCAGUUCUGGCAUGUGGCAUACCAAUUGAUCUCAGUUCUUCUGGCUUCAGUACCGACAUUAAAAUCUUUUAUGUAUGCACUCUAGGCAGUGCUGCAAUGCAAACAUUUAUUUUUUACCCUAAAUCUCCCCACCUAUUACACAUGAUAAUGUACCACAUAUCAAAUGUCAUUGAGUUAAAUUAUUCCUAUACAGGAGUUUGAGCUAUGAGUUAAAUAGAGCCCAUAAUCACAAAAGUGGCCGUUUUGUUAAAGGGUGAAGGGCAGACAGUUGGGAUUCUCUGUUUGUGUCUGUUUCCUACAAGCAGACUGAAAGAGGCUGCUGUACUCGUCUCUUGCUUACUCGGAUGCCAGUGUGCGCAUAGAUGGUAGUGUUCUGCUAAGGAGGUUGUGUAAUGUGCCUCCAUAUUAAUUGUCUCUCUUGUUUUGUGAUUAAUAGGUUGUUUUUUUUUUUUUUUCCUUGUUGGUUGUUGAAGUUGCUUUCCUUCUUCUUAUUGUCUUUAUUUUAACACCCACUUGUGUGUUUUCAUUUCUUUAGUCUAGAUAUGAAAUGUGAUGUGUCCCACAUUAUCCACUUAAUGAUCCCAGACUUUUCAUAAGUUUCCUAGUUUGUUUUUUCCUUCCUUUCUUUUUUUUCUUCUUCUAAAGCUGUGCUCGUGUAAUGCUUCGAUACAGCAACAUGUGAUGCCUUGUCAUUUUCACUAACCCUGGAAUUUUCAGGCCUUGCAGUUAUUUCUUUCCUAGUGUCACUUGCUUGGCAUUGCUAACUUUUAUAGCAUCGGCUCUAAACUGGAAAACGAUUUUCCUAUCGGAGUUGUUCAUUUAAAGCUUUUUGUUAGAUUUAUAUCUGACCUUCAGUGCUUGUGUGCAUAGCGCUUUAAUGUUAUUUAUAGUUAUUCUCAUUGAUGGUAUCAAAGCUAAAUGUAGAAUAUACAUCUGCAAUUAAAUAUCCAGAACAUAGCUUUUUCAUGUUUUCAUAAACCAAUUUCUCUUCCCUAAUUGGAUGAUUUGAAUGGUUUCCUUUUCUUUGGUGUACUUUAACAGAUACCGCCCAUAUCAAUAAUAAAAUUAUUUUUUUUUCCUUUUUUUGAGUGCGUGACAUCCUAGACCAACAACAAUCUAAUGGACACUCAUGAUAUGGAAGUUGUUUGUGUCAGCACAGAUGCUGAUGACAGAUGCUGUGUUUUCACUUGAAUGCUUCAAGUGCUCUGAUAUGACCAUGUCAGACUCGCAUACUCGAGAUGAAAUUUUGUUUAAUGGAAAUCUUUCCCCACGUUAUGUAUUCUUGUAAUGUAACUACAAUAAAUGUUGCUUUAUUUCA